AGGAAGAAUUAAUUUCAGGAAUGUUCGUAGCUUUCAUUGAGUUAUGAAGUAAUCCCUACACUCUCCGAUAGGCAACUGUUGCUUUCUCUGUGUCAUUGCACCAUCAGCUUUGGCUUUUCUCUUCUAUUUUAGUAUUUUUCAUUGCUGGUUUUAAAAUUCCGUACGCAGAAGCAGCUUCAGCUCUGUAAUUCGAAAAGGUAGAAGAUGGCAACACUGGGAGAUAUAGGAGUUUCUGCAGCUAUAAAUAUUCUCUCAGCAUUUAUCUUCCUUUUGGCAUUUGCAAUUCUGCGGCUCCAACCACUCAACGACAGAGUGUACUUCCCAAAAUGGUAUCUUAAGGGUUUGAGAAAUAGUGCGACGCAGUCCGGUGCAUUUGUCAAAAAAAUUGUUAAUUUGGAUUGGAGGGCAUAUAUAAGGUUUCUGAACUGGGUGCCGGAUGCACUGAAAAUGCCUGAACUUGAGCUCAUUGACCAUGCAGGACUGGACUCUGCUGUUUAUUUACGGAUCUACUUGCUAGGGCUGAAAAUUUUUGUUCCUAUUACAUUGCUUGCUUUUACUGUACUAGUACCUGUUCAUUGGACAAAUAGCACUCUUAGAAAGUCCGGGUUUACUUACAGUGACGUUGAUAAGCUCUCCAUUUCAAAUGUUCCACUCGGAUCACAAAGGUUUUGGACUCAUAUCAUUAUGGCCUAUGCCAUUACAGUUUGGACAUGCUAUGUCUUACAAAGGGAGUAUGCAAAAGUUGCAGCUAUGAGGUUGCUGUUUCUUGCGUCUGAAAAACGUCGUCCUGAUCAAUUUACAGUCCUUGUCAGAAACGUUCCACCUGACACUCAUGAAUCAGUUGGUGAAUGUGUCGAGCACUUUUUCCUGGUUAAUCAUACAGAUCAUUACCUCACACACCAGGUUGUUUACAACGCCAACAAACUAGCAAAAUUGGUCAAGGAGAAGAAGAGUAAGCAAAAUUGGCUUGACUAUUACCAACUAAAGUAUUCUAGAAAUCAAUCAAAUCGGCCCAUAAUGAAGACUGGUUUUCUUGGUCUUUUUGGAAAUAAAGUGGAUGCGAUCGACUAUCAGACUGCUGAAGUUGAAAGACUAUCGAAAGAGAUAGCUGAAGAGAGAGAGCGGGUUAAAAAUGACCCAAAAUCUAUCAUGCCGGCGGCGUUUGUCUCGUUUAAAACACGGUGGGGUGCUGCUGUUUGUGCUCAAACUCAGCAGUCAAGAAAUCCGACUUUGUGGUUAACUGAAUGGGCUCCAGAGCCGCGUGAUGUAUAUUGGAGAAACCUGGCGAUUCCCUAUGUGUCUUUAACAAUUAGGAGGCUCAUAAUCGGUGUUGCUUUCUUUUUCCUGACAUUCUUCUUCAUGAUUCCCAUCACAUUUGUCCAAACACUUGCAACUAUUGAGGGGAUCAGGAAAGUAGCGCCAUUCCUAAAAGUUAUCAUUGACAUACCUUUCGUCAAGUCAUUCAUCCAAGGUUUUCUACCUGGGAUUGCUUUGAAGAUCUUUCUCAUAGUUUUGCCGAGGAUACUGAUGCUGAUGUCCAAAUUUGAGGGAUGGGAAAGUAUAUCAGCUCUGGAAAGAAGAUCUGCAUCUAAAUACUACAUCUUUAACUUUGUGAAUGUCUUUCUUGGGAGCAUAAUUGCAGGAGCUGCAUUCGAACAGCUAAAAACUUUUCUUCAUCAGUCAGCAAAUGAAAUUCCUAAAACAAUUGGUGUUGCUAUCCCAAUGAAAGCAACUUUCUUCAUAACUUACAUAAUGGUUGACGGAUGGGCUGGUAUUGCUGGAGAGAUCUUAAGGCUGAAGCCACUAAUAAUCUUCCACUUUAAGAACUUUUUCUUGGUCAAGACUGAAAAUGAUAGAAAGAAGGCAAUGAAUGCUGGAAGCCUUGGUUUCAACACUGGAGAACCGCAGAUACAAUUAUACUUCUUAUUGGGCCUUGUCUAUGCUGUGGUCACGCCAUUUCUGCUUCCUUUCAUACUGGUGUUCUUUGGCCUGGCGUUCAUUGUGUUCCGUCAUCAGAUUAUAAAUGUAUACAAUCAAAAGUAUGAAAGUGGAGCAGCAUUUUGGCCAGAUGUUCAUGGACGUAUAAUAUUCGCCCUGGUCUUCUCUCAGUUAUCUUUACUUGGGUUGCUAAGUACAAAACAAGCUGCUCAGUCAGCACCUUUCAUUAUCGCCCUUCCAGUUCUGACCAUCUCUUUUCACAAAUUCUGUAAAGGACGUUACGAGCCAGCUUUCACCAGAUAUCCACUUCAGGAAGCGAGAAGGAAAGAUACUUUAGAACAAGCAAAAGAGCAGAAUCUUAACUUAAAAGCGUACCUUCAAAAUGCUUAUUUGCACCCUGUUUUUAAAGGUGAUGAUGAAGAUGAAGAUGAGGAGUUUGACGAUAAGUUGGAGAGUAAUGGAACUGUGCUGGUUCCAACGAAGCGCCAGUCAAGAGAAAAUACUCCAGCGCCCAGCAGAAUGAGUGCCAACUCUUCUCCUUCACGUCCUAAUGCAAUUGAACAGAUACAAUAACAGCUUUGUUUUUUUUAGGAUGUGAGAUUCCACCUUUAUACAUGAAUGCUAAAUGUAAAUUGACAUCAGGCCGAAGUAGCUAAGUUUGGACAUGGCCCUUCUACUUGAAUGACCAAGAGUUGCUGGCUGCAGCCUGUGGCUAAUGAAACUUAAAGGAAUCAAAGGAAGUGGGUAUCUUUCAGUGGACAGUUGGAAUCUGCUAUCUUUAAGGAGGUCACUAUUGUAUUGAGACCAAAUGUUAUCGAGCUGUGAGCUUUGUGGAGAGUCACACCUUCACUUUCUUCCUAUUGAAGAUGUGAAGUUACAAGUUUGGCACGCUGACUUCAACACUCUUAAUUGGUCAGGUACAUUAUGCUAGCACCUUGUAGUAUGUGAUACAAAUAUAUUGUAAAAAAAAUAAAGCUUGUAAAGAAAAUGCUUUUUACUCAAUAAUACUGUGCUUCGAUUGAGCAUAUCUGGAAUUAAAUAUUUUAAGAAUUUGUUUCUACGGGUGGUCAGGGUGUCAUUUCUGCAUAUGAGCCUGAAAGGAAGCUUACUUAGAAGAGUAUUAUAGGAUGUUAGAUGUCAAAGAAAUGAGUUAAUCGGCUUAUGAAUGCUUUGGUUUACUUCUUCAAUAUAAGCUGACA